UGGCCUAGCCGCUCGCGCCGGCGCUGAGGGCUGCAAGGGAGCGCUCGGGCGGUGGCCGGCACCGGUGGGUGCGCGCGCGCGGGACUCGCUUCCCCUCCCCUCCCUUGCCGCCGCCAUGAUGGUGUUUGUCAGGUUCAACUCCAGCCAUGGCUUCCCGGUGGAGGUUAGUUUGGACACCAGCAUCCUCCAGCUGAAGGAGGCAGUUGCCCAGCGACAGGGAGUUCCAGCUGACCAGCUGCGGGUGAUUUUUGCAGGGAGGGAGCUCAGCAAUGACUUGACACUGCAGAAUUGUGACCUGGCCCAGCAGAGUAUCGUUCAUAUUGUUCAGAGUCCACAGAAGAACAGUCAGAACAAGGAUGAGACAGGAGAUGGCCAUGCUGAGACAGACGAUAACCAUGCUGAAGGUGUUCUAAGAGCCUUGGAAAGAGAACCUGAAAGUCUAACUCGUUUAGAUCUCAGCACCAGCAUCCUCCCAUCACUCUCUGCAGGGCUGGCUGUUAUUCUGGAUACUACAAAAACCAGCAUUUCUCUUCCCUCUGAAAAAUCAGGUACAGCUAGUUACAACAGUUUUUAUGUUUUUUGCAAAAAUUUCUGCCAAGAUGUGAAACCUGGGAAACUGAGGGUCCGCUGCAGUGUGUGUAAGCAAGGAACACUGACGUUGGCAAGGGGUCCAUCUUGCUGGGAUGAUGUGCUGAUUCCCAACAGAAUAAGAGGAGUUUGCCAGUCCCAAAGGUGCAAUGGAAACAUAGCGGAGUUUUACUUUAAAUGUGGAGCACACCCAACCACUGACAGUGAACCAUCUGUGGCUUUGAACCUCAUUACAACAAACAGUCGCUGUAUCACAUGUAUAACAUGCACAGAUAUUAGUUGCAAGGAUGAUGGAAGCAUUCAAGGUGAUGGGUUGCUAUUUUAUGUCUUUGAGGAAGCUCUUAAUGGGUUGAGCAAAUGGCUGAAAGUUGAAACAAAUACUAAAACUGUGCAAUCCUCAAGGGAAGAUCUGCUUUUGUCAACUGCUUCCAGUAGAAAUAACAUCAAAAGGGGUUAG